AUGUCGUACCUAGCCGCCUUACAGUCCGCCCUCUUCUACGUCCUCGCCUGCACGCCAUGCAACCAACUCCACACCGAACACAAGACGCGGCAGCAGGCGAGGAAAGAGAGAGAGAUGAAGGAGCGCAUCGUGUCGGAACAACCCCACCUGUACCGGCACCCAGACCCUUUCGACACGAACCCCUACUGGGGCGAGGAGAUUCGCAUGGGGCCUAGCUUGCCUAAGAAGAGGAAGGGAAGCGACGCGAUAAGCAAGAGUCUCAGUCAGCGGCGACUGACAGCGGCAAGCCGAGAUGGCCGCCCGAGCAUCGGCACCGGGAGCAGCGCCGUGAUCAGCUUGUCGGAAAUGGGGUCAAUAGCCAGUCCGAGACCGUCUCUCGGCCCAGCUGAGUUGCCCGGUGGAAGUGCCCCGACGGUAGUACCGGAGGAUUACCCAGCAAGCCCAACACUCAGCAAGACGAUAUCAAUAUCGACGAGCGCCGACUGGAACUACAAACGCUAUCAGAGAGAGGACGAGGAAUUGUGGGGGCACGAGCCCACGUGGUCUGGACACAAACUGAUGGACGCCAUCAAGCAGGCUAGCACUUCGGCUGGCCGCUACAUGGAGUCAAAACUCGGGCUGGAGAAACAGAUCACAGACGAGGACCGGCACAAUUUUUACACGACGCCCAGAAAUCCGCCCGUGAACGAAUACCACCCACCCGUCGUCAGCAGCAAACCCGCGCACAGAGAUGCCCUCCGCUGGAUGCUUCAACCGCCUCCGCCGGCUAAGGUCAUGGAGGGCAAGGUGCCCGUCACGAGGAGCGCGAGCAUGGUGAGCGCGGCGUCCAGGAGAACGGUAUCGACCCGGGACGCAGGCUCGCUCGGGCGGCUAGUGGGGGAGAGGGCCGUGGAGGCCAGGAUACGGAGGGGAGAGACGCCGCUAGACGACGAGCUGCGGUCCAACCCUUCCCUAAGGAAAACAAGGUCCCGCGUGUCGUCGGCGAGGCGGACUCGCAGUCGGCGCACAGCGAGGACGAGCUGCUCGUCGACAGACUCAGACGACGACUGGGAGGAUCUGAGCCGCAGGAGGCGGCGGAUCAGCCACCGUGCGCCUCAGGUAGAUUCGGACACCGAAGACGAGGGGGUGUACGUGUCGAGGAGCCCCGAAGUGAGCAACAGCUCGCUGCCCAGCCACGCCGCCCAGAAACCGAGGCUACCUACCAUCUUAAGCUCGGGAUACGACGACAGGGGCUCGUCGGGGCUCGAUAACAACGAACCAGCGCAUUCCCUGCGCGUAACCACCAACUUUAUCCCGAAGUCGGAGCUGGCCAAGCCGAAAACUCAGCCGGCCAUCUCCCUUAACGCCAACUUGGCGAUACCAGCCUAA